AUGAUUGUUUCUGAUGAUGAUCAGAUCAACUGUGACAUCUGUGAGGAGGGGCGUGAGCUGUUGGCAGUCAAGACCUGUGUGACGUGCCUGGCUAGCUUUUGCAGUGUGCAUUUAACAUCCCAUGAAAAAAGCCAGGUGCUGAGCAAACACUGCCUGUGCGCACCAGUUGGGAACAUCAAGGACUUGCUAUGCAAGAAGCACAACAAAGUGCUGGAGUUGUUCUGCAUGAUCCACAGGGCCGCCAUCUGUUGGCAGUGUACAGCAAAGCACCGCAACUGCAAAACAUGCUCAGUGGAGGAAAUGAGGAAUGACUGGAAGGCUGCUAUUGAUCCAGUGGAAAUAGAGGUUGAGAGCCGAGAAUAUGCAACUGAUGAAGCUUUGGAAACUUUAGAAACUCUGUCAGAGGGAAUAAAGGAUGCUGCAGGAAAGAUGAUGGAGGAUGUGCGGGACUGCUACGAGACUCUAAAAAAUACCAUUGAGCAGGCUCAGAAUAGAGUCAUAGCCUUUAUAGAGAAAGAGAGGGUUGAAGCACUUCAACAAAUAGACAAUCAGAAGGAACGGCUGGAUAAUCAUAAAGUCACCUUGUCAAAUAUCAAAGAAAAGAUCGCUGAAUGUAGAAGCAAUGACUCUUACUUCAACUUCUGUCUGAUCUUGCCAGUACUACCUCCAGAGGUAGGUCAGCUAGAGGAUGUUCAGAUGGAUGGUCAUUCUGUAGAGAUAAUGAUCCAGGACCUUCAACACCUGAACAGUAGUCUGGAAUCUCAGCUCUCCGCCAUGUUUCAAAGAAGAGAAGAACUGCGAGACAAAUAUUUGGAAUCGGAUGACUUCAGAGUUGUUAGCGGACACAGCAAACGACGACGUUACCUUUUGAAGUAUUCCAGCAAGGUGACAUUUGAUCCUGUGAGUGCUAGUGCUUCACUCUUGUUCUCUGAGGAUGGCCUGGCUGUCACAGUUGAUCAUAGUGGACUUUUCACCUGGAAAGACUACCAGGUCAACCCAGAUUUAGGCUUUAGGGUGCUGUGCUCUCAGGAGUUCACCAUGGGGAAACACUACUGGGAGGUUUUGCCUCCUAAGGACAUGAACUGCAACUGGGCUGUGGGUGUGACAUAUAAAAAUGGACAGGCUCUGUACCAGAGCUUGGGCCAGGACAAAAGCUCCUGGUGUGUGAUAUGGCAUAACAAAGAAAAGGACAAGGUUAAGGACGAGAUUAGUAAUGAAUUGAAAGAUGUAUCAGUAGUGACACAGGCUAAAGAAGGAGCUGCAGAACUUGAAGAUCAGAAGUUGGAAACAGAAACGAGCCAAGAGGAAUCCCAUCUUAAAAUAUCCAGGGAGCAAAAGCUGGGGCAUCAAGAGAAGGGAAAUCAAACCCAAAUGUCUGAAACCAUGCCUGCAAAAAAGGGUGAAGAUGAAAAUGUGGCAGAUGAAGAAAAGAUGAAAGAAAAUUUGGAGGAGAAAGAAAAAGAAAUUACAGUUAAAACCAGCACUGGAUUCUUUGCCUCCCAUAAUGAGGAGAUGCAUCUGAUAUCCCAGGAGCUUCCUAAAAAAAUUGGUGUGCUCCUUGACUGCGAUCAAGGGUGGCUGUUCUUCUUUUUAGCAUCAGAUUCUAAAGUUAAGCUUUGCUAUAAGUUUCAGGCCCUGUUUUCUGCACCACUCUGCCCUGCAAUCUGGCUAAGAGAGCCAGAGAAGACAAUGAGAAUUAAUCUUUGAUUCUAAGGUGUAUGGAAAGAUGCUGGGAUUAACUAUGCUGUCCAACAGCUUCCAAUUGCCAACUCUGUGACCAAAUGUUCAAAUACAUAUUUUGGACUAAUAAUAAUUAAAAAAGCAUAACUUAUGUUUAUAACAUAUUAUCACCUUCAGUCAAAGGUAGUUUACAGUAUAUAAUUUACAAAAAUACAGUAUAAGCUUGUUAAAAAGACAUGUUUUAAAUGUUAAAAUAAUCAAUUGUUUUUCCAAUUGUUUUUCCUUCCAGAACAAGAUUAAUAAGACUUUUCUAUCACUUGUUUUCUCUUUAGUCACAGAAGGGAUCAGUGAAGGGAUCAGAGUGGUUUAGUCAUAGACAGGGAUUAUCUCACCCCAGACGACAUGCAUCAUCAAGCUGAAGGCUUCAGCUAGUUUAGAGUUGCUGAAUACAUUUGACCGCUUUCCUAAACAGAAGACUUUAUGUUACAUAAAUUGUUCAGGCCAUGUUUAGCUGUUUGUUUUGCUAAAAUGUCGGUUAUUAAAAAAAAAGAGUGACAACCAUUUUCCAAGGUUCAUGCAAAAGGCUGCAAAAAGGAAAGGAAUGUAUUCCUCUGGGUUAACUUCUCCAGAAGUUUCCUAGUCAACAGAAUAAAUAUG